GUCGCUAGUGCGGGACCAGGAGCCUCCGCGAGCAAGAUGGCCGCUACAGAGACCCAGGCCGAGGGGCGCCGGCACUGAGUCCGGACCCGCGCGCCCUUCCUCCAGCAUUGCGCCCCAACAAAGACCUCGCGCUUCUCGCCAUCAAAUCCCCAUGGAUUAUUCUGGCUGUGGUCGCGAGGCCGUUCCAAUAGAGCCUUAGUUGGCCCAGGGAGAGAACUCUGGCACAGCGCUGCUCUGAGCUGGAACCUCAGGGAGGUCUGCUGCAACAGGUGCGACACUGACCGCUCCAUGCUUGUGGGUGCGGGGAGGCGUGGCCUCCCCCGGGGCCGCUACCUCUGCUGGUUGCUGUGUGCUUUCACCUUGAAGCUCUGUGAAGCAGAGGCUCCCGUGCGCGAGGAGAAGCUGUCAGUGAGCACCUCAACUUCGCCAUGUUGGCUGGUGGAAGAGUUUGUGGUGACUGAAGAGUGUACUCCGUGUUCUAACUUCCAGAUUAAAACUACGCCUGAGUGUGGUUCUACAGGCUAUGUGGAGAAAAUCACAUGCCGCUCCUCUAAAAGGAACGAGUUCAAAAGCUGCCGGUCAGCUCUGCUGGAACAGCGCCUGUUCUGGAAGUUUGAAGGCACCAUGGUGGGUGUGGCUUUAGUCUUCGCGUGCCUUGUCAUCCUUCGUCAGCGACAGCUGGACAGAAAGGCUCUUGAGAAAGUCCGGAAGCAAAUUGAAUCCAUAUAGCCGAAUUCCACUGUAUUAUGCCGGGCCUUACGGACUGUAUCUCAGAUGGAGAAGGGCCAGUGGACUAAUUUGCACUCAUACGCCUGUGGUAGUAGCACCUUUCCCUGACUUCCAGACCAUUAAUGAACACAAUAAAAAGUAAAAUAGAGCUGGGCAUGGUGGCACAAACUUGUAACCACAGCCCUUGAGAGAGUGAGGCAGGAGGAUCCUGGGUAAAUUUAUAGGCAGGCUAGCCUGAGCUACAUAACAAGACUGUCUUUAAAAAGCAAAAAAAAAAUAAUAAAGGAGUAACACAAUUUCCUUCCCUAUGAUAGUUUGGUGUGGGAGGACUGGGUGUGGUGGCACAUCCCUUGAAUCCCAAACUUGGGUGACAGGCAGAUCUCUGAGUUCAAGGCCAGCUUUUCUACACAAGGAGCUCCCAGCCAGCCAAGGGUAUGUAGUGAGACUACAUCUCAAAAACAUUAAAUUAAGAGGUUGGUGAGUUUGCUUAGUGAUUAAGAGUACUUGCUGCUCGUAGGAUCUGGAUUCGGUUGCUAGCACUAGCAUCCCAAUCAGGUGAUUUACAUCCGCUUGUAAUUCUAACGUCGGGAGAUCUGAUGCACUGCAGCCUCUGGGUACCUGCAGGCAAGCAGUGCACAAACUCAUACAGAAAUAGACAGAUAUUCACAGGAAAACAAAUAAAUCCUUUUCUUUUUAAAAAUUUU